ACACCCCAAAACACUUCACAUUUAAUAUGCAAUGCAAUAUACAUGUUAUCAUUUAUUUAUUUACUUUACCUUCUCUAUUUGUCUAUAUUUAUCUCUGUCUUUUCUCACUACUGCAACAACCAGAUUCUCGUCUGGGGAUCAAUUGAGAUCUUAUCUGAUCUGAUCUUAUCUUGCCUCGCUUCGCUUCGCCUCGCCCUGUCAGAGCAACAAAUAUUUUCUCCUUGAGCCUCCCUGAGUGACUGGGGGAAAAACAUGACCCUCCCUCCACCAUAAAUAAUCAUGUUAUAUUUAUAUUUACACACAGCACAGAGGGAGUGAGAGUUAUCACCAUUACAAACUGCUAAUUUCUUCAGCAAAAUGCCAGAAAGUGUGCACAUGCAAGCAUUAGCAACGUUAGCACAUAGCCUAAUACUCAUUUUUCCAACCAAACCCCGGUUAAAUACACAACAGUGGCAGGAGUAGUGGCCAAAAUAAUAUUAGUAACUUGGUGUGGCGGCAGAUUGGAUUUUAAAAACGCACCCUUUGAUGAUCGAAAGUUAAAAAUUGAAAACAAAACUCUAGAGUUGGAAAACGCCUUGGCUUUUCACUAUUGUCUUACUUGCAGGAGUGCAGGAUUUAAUGUUUGUUUUUUUGCAGGAUCUGUUUCCUACGGUGAAAUGUUCAAUAAGACAUGUAGAAUAAAGUGAUUUUGAUAGAUUAGGUUAUUUUUUCCUGAUGGGAGGUGUUGUUGCACAUGAUGUGUUCCAGGCUCAUUUCUGUUUUCACUGUUUCUGAUCAUGAUAAAUGUGUAAUUUUGGCAAGUUUUAAAGAUGCCAGCAGGUUUUUGGGGUUCAGAUUGUAUUUAAAAUCAGUACAAAAUACAACCUGUUGUAAUUGUAUGUCCCUCCGCUAAGCCAAAAUAAAAAACAAAAGACUUGGGAGCCAUUGCUAGUCUGCUCUGCAGGCAGUGAGUCCCAAAGACUAAUUAGGAGGACAAAAAGGCAACACAAGGACAAUAAUGCCAACAGGAACAUGAAUAGAGAACUGUUUGCUGAAGAGGAUUGUAACAGCUUGACUGAUCAGUGUUAUGUGGAAAAACCCAAGAUGUGUUGAAGCAUUUUUUCCCUACACAUCCACAUUACUGUCAUUGCUUCCUGUUUAAAAGCUUAAUAAAACAGAUAAACAGAUACCACCCUGAUGACACUGUUGUUGGCUGCUGAGCUGUUAACCACAUAAACUGACUAGUCAUAACUUUGGAAUGAGCUGAAUAAAAAAAACAACAAACUAAAUGUCCAAGUCAGUUUAAGACGGUCAGAAUCAGUACUGAAUGGGACAGCCGACCCAGGGCCCACAGUAGAUCACACCAUGCUUCAUUACUUCUCCUCUUUUGACAUCAAUUAAACUGAGCUGAUUUUAAACACUUUCAUGUCAUGGUCUGCCCUGUCUCCAUCUGGCCACCAGGUGUCCCCAGACUUUCUUCCCUUUACCCACAACCUCACUUGAGUUACAUUUGUAACAGACACACCUGCUUCCAGUUGCCUCAUCAGCCCACUCAGUAUAUAAACCCACCAUUUUCCCUUUUGGUUUCCCUGUAUCUGUUUUAUUUCUGCUGAUUCUUCCUGUCUGCCCACCAGGUUGUCUUCUCAUCUGCCUGUGAGCCUGUUUUUGUUUGUUUUUUGGCUUGUUUUCAAUUAAAGUAAUUUUACUGGAUCUGUCAAAGACUGAUGCCCUGAGUUUACCUGAGUUUACUCAGGUUAAUAAUGUGUCUGUUUCAUGUCCCGUUUCACAGAUAUGUGACUCAUAAGGAACAAACCUCUGUCACCAGUUGACAGUUUCACUUGGUGAUUUUUUUUUUCACUGGUUAAGACAAAGGGUUGUAACUCUGUGUGUUGAGUUGGAUUCUUCUACAUGUUGUACCAGAUGGUGCAGCCUGUCACCAGGGUCCUCAUGAUUUCCGUUGAGCUCAGGAUGUGGGUUAGAGUGUUGGCUGUAGCUGAGACCGAGGACAGCAUCGAUGCAGUAUGGAGAUCACAUCACUCUGUCUACUACUUUGCUCUGGCCCCAAACUGCUGCCACCAUUAAGGCUCAUUUCAGACUUGGACAGAUACGAUGGAGCAGCCACACUGAGCAUCCGUCCUGACAAAUCUCAGUUCUUUCGGUACGACCGCAUCUAUCUGAGCUGUGAUGCACCGCCGAACUCUACCGGCUGGACACUGAGGAAGCACAACUCCUCUGAGACGCCUGAACCCUGCGAGAAUGGCUGCAUGCUUGACGACGUCUACCCGUCAGACAGCGGAGUGUACUGGUGUGAGUCUGAACAGGGCAAGUGUAGCAACACCAUCAACAUCACAGUGACCGCUGGUGUCGUGAUACUGGAGAGCCCUGCACUUCCUGUGACGGAGGGAGAUGAGGUGACUCUCAGCUGCACCCACAAGGAAAGAUACUCAAAGUAUCCUACUUCAAAUUUCACUGCUACGUUCUACAAAAACAAUACUUUCAUCAGUACCGAGCCUGAUGGAAUCCUGACCCUCCAAGUGGUGUCCACGUCUGACGAAGGAUUCUACAAGUGUGAACACCCGACGAAAGGAGAGUCGCCGCAGAGCUGGCUGGGUGUAACAGCGAGAGCUCAGACUCCAGGUGUCCCUCUUCCUGACAUGCCUUGGUACAGACUGGUGUGCUCCCUCUUGCUGUUCCUCCUCUACAAAGCCAAACUCAUAUUGUGUUUUUACAUGUGCUGCAGGCUGGCUCUAGCUACUUCACAUCCUGUUUCACUGAAAUGAGAUGGACAAGUGUGAUUCUGUGGUUUCCUGUGAGAAAAUCAACAUUCAAAGUCACGCGUUUGGAGGUUUCCACUGGACAGGAUUUUUUUGAGCUGGUUGUCAUAGUAACACUGGUAGAAAGCAGGAAGUGAAAGAAGAAGAAGAAGCUACACACACUCCUCUUAACCCUCUCUCUUCACUGGUUUUACCUGCAGCUCGAGCUGAUGGUAAAAGGAGAGCGUCUGAUCACCGAGUACUGGAAUGAUGAAGAAGAGGAAGAGUUGUGAGUGUUUAUGUGCUGACCAAUAUGACUGGGAAGAAGGCAAUAUAUAUUGUAAAGUAGCUUUUUUUUAUUAGCUCUUAGACACUUGAACAUGAUGCCUACAUGAUGUAUUUAAUAAUCCAUCUGCACGCUCUGAGUCACCUGAUGAGUUUCAUGUUUAAACAGACAAAACUGUUAAACUGAUGAUGAGCUUAAUGCUGAAUACAUGGUAUUGUCUGCAUUUCCUUUUCCUGUAUACCAGUGUUUAUUAUCUGCAUAUGCUAAAUUACUAACUUUAUAGUAAAUUAAUAAAUAGACUUUUGUUUUUCAGUAA